UCCUGUAAAGUUACCAUUUUGGAGAUACAAGGUUUUCUUCGGGACAACAGCGAUAUAGUUUAAAGCCUGUGAACCAGAUACGUCUUGAUUUUUUUGUGACUCCUGUAAUGAAACAUAACAAGCCAGCAUUUACAUUUAAAACCACGUUCUACUCCAUUCGCUCCACAAUCUGCUCCAAUUAGUUGGUCACACCACCUCAAACGUGGUCGGUUCUGUAGCUUUAGCUAACCUCACAGCUCGUCUGCGGCUCGUCUUCUGAAUGUUCGGGUCACUCAAGAGUGUUCAUUUACUGCAAUGUUAGCACGUUUUUUCCACAAAAUGGAAUCAUCAGCCUAUGCAGAACCUGUUUCUGCAAGCGCUUUGAGCGUCUAAGCAGAAGCACAGCAGGGACAGGAACAGCCGUAUGUUAGCGGCAGGCUCCGUGUAUUUCUGCCGGCUUCUGUGGCACAAAACAAGUUUUCCUCUCUUUGUUUUCUGACUUUUUCCUCAGAUGCUGUUUGCCCUUAGUGUUCCUGCUGCUGAUGCAGAAAGUUUCCCUGCUGGAGAUUGAAGGUUUUGUGGGCGACACCGUCAUCUUGCCAUGCCUUAGCAGUGGUAAAGCGCUGCCAAAUAAAGUCACCGUAUUCUGGAGAUUCAGAGACAGCGGCACUGUGUACGACAUCGUCGACAGCAGAGCGUCGUUGAAUGAACAGGAUGUGCCGUUCAGAGGCCGAGUUGACAGCUUUCCAGACAAGUGGAUUAAAGGAAACUUCUCCAUCAAACUCAGCGGUGUGAAGAAGACGGAUGGAGGAACGUACACUUGCUUCAUUCCUGGAGUCAAAAAAGCAUCAUGAGGCCACAACAGUGCCAUUUAACGUGCAAGGA